AUUGAAAUACAAACUUUGUUUAGUGCAGGACAAGUACGGACAGGCUGCCUCGAUAUUUGAGCAAGUGGGACUUUGAACCAUAACCUCUUCAUAUUCUGAAACAAUAAUGCUGCUUGUAGGCAACCACAAAGCAAACAACCUCCGAGGAGGGGAAUGGACAAAACCUGGAUUUCAAGUUACAGAAGACAUUCAAUUCGGCUGAAUAAGGAAGCUGAAGGACAAAUCCCGAAGUUACGCUUCAACAAGACAUUCGAUUCGGCUGAAUAAGGAAGUCUCCCUUCAAUUGUUUUUAUCGUUUCGCAGCGGUGGUGAGUGGAGACUGAAUCGCUUAAGAAAAUUGAAUAAAAUAGUCUACCCAUUUUUUACAACUGCGAUGUUUUGCGAUAACUUCUGCCACCGCCUAAGGGCUCCGGAGUGAUCUUAUAUAGGGGAUAGUCUAGUGUAACACUGUCUUUCUCAUAGACUGGAGACUUUGAAGAAUACUCGUUUUUUUGUUUGUUCAUAAGUCUAGGAAUCUAGUAUUAUUUAUAUACUACAUUUCUAUCAUUGGGUUCCCAGGAAAAUGGCUGCUUAUCUUGACGAUAAGCGCAAAGACCAGUAUAAUAAGGAAAAGGCAAAAAGGAUCGAUAAACAGAUUGAAAAAGAUAAAAAAUAUUUACCUAAGAACUAAACGGCUACUAGUAUUAGGAGCAGAUGAAUCUGGGAAAAAAACGAUAGUCGAACAUAUGAGAUAUUUGAAUGUAAAAUGCCCCGAAGAGGCGAAAACGCGUUUUCAAAUAUCAAAACAACAAUGUUUAGAGACACGUUGCCAACAGGACGGUAUCAUUUGCCAUUUGUUUACUGUUAAAGGUCAAAGGAAAGAAAGCAUGAGGAAGUGGUUACAGCAUGUUUCUGAUGUUACUGCCAUUAUUUUUGUGGUGGACAGCAGCAGCUACGAUAUGGUGAGCCGGGAAGACAACGUGACCAACAGGCUUCAUGAGGCACUACACCUGUUCAAGAUCAUCUGGAACUACAGGUGGCUGUUAGGCAGUCCCGUCUUCCUCUUCCUGAACAAACAGGACCUUCUAGCUGAGAAGGUUUUGGCUGGGAAAUCUAAAAUUGAGGACUAUUUCCCAGAGUUUGCGCACUAUGCUACACCUCAAACAUCAGAACCAGGGGAGGAUCCUCGUGUCUCCAGGGCAAAACACUUCAUACUAGAGGAGUUUCUGAAGAUCACUACAGCCAGUGGAGGUGAAAGGAUCUGUUUGUUCCAUUUCACAUGUGCAGUUGACCUGGAAAGCCUCCAGCGCACAGUCUUCGGAGAGUGUCUUCGAAGAGUGUGAAUUUUCAUUGUUUGCAUAAAGACUGUAAAGAAUGUUUACUAGUUCAAAGCAGAGACUUCUAUUUACAAGACUCAAGUGAGCACACAAAAUAUGUAUUUUAAAUGUAUUUUCAACAUCUUUUACUCAUGAGUGCAAAAUUUGUCUUGCCAAUGUUUGUCUGAGCCCUGCUUAAAGGAUGUAUUAGUCCUAGGCCUAUUUUUUAUUUUUUAUAAUUUGCUAAAUCCUUUUUAUUUUAGUUUCAAACCAUUUUGAAAUGUUGAUUCAUUGGCACACAUUGGCCCCUUUUUUAUUUAUAGAAAUACCCAUAUACAGUAAGGGGCUUGGGGAGCCGGAGUUGCUUCCCAGGCAAGAGGGUUCGAGGCACUCUGACUGGGGCCAGUGGCGACAUUUUGAAACUUCCGGAUCUGGUGUUCUAUGCCUUUUUGUUUACAAAUGCUAGCUAGCUACAUACAUACAUGCCUGGUGUUCUAUACUUUACGAUGCAUUUUUUUUUUACGGCAGAAGCAAACAUGCCUCUCCUAUGAAUUGCAAUUGCCAGAACUUGGAACAGCAAGACCUUGAACUGCUCUUACUACUCAGGAGAAGAAGGAAGAAAAAAAACGACUGAGAAAAUGGCCAGUUCGUCCACUGAGAACUAGAAGAGAACUAGAAGAUGGAGAAGACAUGUAAACUUGUCCAACCGAUGCGAAGCAUUGUUGAGGAAAGACAUUUUCAAUACUUUCGGAUGUCGGUUGCCAGAUUGGACAACUUGUUUCAGCAGCUUGCCCCUCACCUCUCAUACAAGAGAACUCGCAGCUUGCCCCUCACCUCUCAUACAAGAGAACUCGCAGCUUGCCCCUCACCUCUCAUACAAGAGAACUCGCAGCUUGCCCCUCACCUCUCAUACAAGAGAACUCACAGCUUGCCCGUAAGAGCUGUAGAAAGACUGUCUGUGAUCCUUCCUUUUUUUGGCGAGUGGCAGCACACAGCAAAGUAUUUUUAAAAUGUUAUUCUUAUACAUUUUUUUUAACCUUUAUUUAACUAGGCAAGUCAGUUAAAGAACAAAUUCUUAUUUUCAAUGAUGGCCUAGGAACAGUGGGUUAACUGCCUGUUCAGGGGCAGAACGACAGAUUUGUACCUUUUCAUCUCGGGGGUUUGAACUUGCAACCUUCCGAUUUACUAGUCCAACACUCUAACCACUAGGCUACCCUUGCUACAAGUUAUAAGCUAGGAAUCUCAACAGUUUGUGCCAUCUUCACAGAAGUGUGCCAGGCUAUCUGGCAGGUCCUGAAGUAGGAUUUUGGGGACUUCUCGCCAGAGAGUUUGGGGAUCGUUUGAAUCAUCAGUUUUCGUGCAGGAGCUGUUGACUGAAAAAAUUAUUCCCCCUAUUCGCGUCCGAGCUCCGGCAAACUCAGGCAGCGAGUACUACAACUUCACAGGCUUUUUCUCAAUGGUGGCAGUCUCCUGAUGGUAGUCUGCUAUGUUCACCAUGAUCAACGUGUGAGCAUAUGGUCGCGAUCUUCUAACGAAGCAAGUUUGGCUCAUCCUGCCGCUACCAAGGCCAGAGUGCUUGUCGGUGACAUGAAACAACAAUACAAAUGUAACAGCACAACAGAACAGAUAAAUCAUUUUCUUUGGUGCCUUCUCAUUUUAAACACCAGUGGUGCAACUAGUGCUUUAUAACUGAACCAAAACAGUGGAAUGAGGGACUGAAUCAAAACAGUGGCAUGAGGGACUGAACCAAAACAGUGGAAUGAGGGACUGAACCAAAACAGUGGAAUGAGGGACUGAACCAAAACAGUGGAAUGAGGGACUGAACCAAAACAGUGGAAUGAGGGACUGAACCAAAACAGUGGAAUGAGGGACUGAACCAACACAGUGGAAUGAGGGACUGAACCAAAACAGUGGAAUGAGGGACUGAACCAAAACAGUGGAAUGAGGGACUGAACCAACACAGUGGAAUGAGGGACUAAACCAAAACAGUGGCGUGAGGGACUGAACCAAAACAGUGGCGUGAGAUACUGAACCAAAACAGUGGCAAGAGGGACUAAACCAAAACAGUGGCGUGAGGGACUAAACCAAAACAGUGGCAUGAGGGACUGAACCAAAACAGUGGAAUGAGGGACUGAACCAAAACAGUGGAAUGAGGGACUGAACCAUAACAGUGGCAUGAGGGACUGAACCAAAACAGUGGAAUGAGGGACUGAACCAAAACAGUGGAAUGAGGGACUGAACCAAAACAGUGGAAUGAGGGACUAAACCAAAACAGUGGAAUGAGGGACUAAACCAAAACAGUGGAAUGAGGGACUAAACCAAAACAGUGGCAAGAGGGACUAAACCAAAACAGUGGAAUGAGGGACUGAACCAAAACAGUGGAAUGAGGGACUGAACCAAAACAGUGGCAUGAGGGACUGAACCAAAACAGUGGCGUGAGGCACUGAACCAAAACAGUGGCGUGAGGGACUGAACCGAAACAGUGGCGUGAGGGACUGAACCGAAACAGUGGCAAG